AAUGAUUUCGAUGAUCAAUUAAUUAAUUAAAUUAAUUUGAUUUAAUCGAUUUUUAAUCAAAUUGUUUGCCCACCUGAACCAUUAAGGAAUGCGACAAAAAACUGAAAAAGCAUAGAUUUUUUGCCGCCCCGAAAAUGUUCCAAUGCCUUUAACCAAGAAUUAAAAACAUCAGUGGCUGGGUCCUACUUGCCUAACUCAACCAUUAAAUUUCCGUUUCCAACUUGCCUAACCAUAUUCUCACAUGGACAGCUAAAUUUCUGUAAAAAUGUGACGAACCCAAAUCUCCCGACAACAACCUAAGUCAUCUUCAGUGAUCUUCCGUGUUUGGUGGACUAAGUUGCAGUUUUUCAUAAUGGAAUGUCGAAUUACCAUCAAUUUAUUUUUAUUUAAAUCUUGCGCCAAAACCUGUUAGAAAUGAAGCAUCUUUUUAGCCUUGAUUUCCCUGGAUUCCUCUCUGUCCGUAUCCCCUAACUCCUUUUCCAAUCAAUUACAGUACCCUUCACAUCCUUGGCAGAACAACUUCUCUCGCCUUCUCCUCCGACACAUGGGAACCCUUGUUAGGCCACUUUUAUCAGCUUUUGCGACCAGGAAGGAUCCACUACUUUUCCCUUCAUCCACCGCUUCAUUUUCUUCUGCAAAACCCCAUUUAAGUACAGCAACAAAGGCUCAUCAUGCAAUCAACAGUAGCAAGUUUGGUGACUUCCUCGACCUAAAACCAGAGUCGAAACCUGAGUGCCUAGAUUUUGAUCUUUCUUGGUUUAACUCUUCCGAACGGCCUUGCUUUGAUAUGAUCAUUAUUGGCACUGGUCCUGGUGGUCUCCGGCUCGCCGAACAAGUGUCCCGCUACGGAAUCAAGGUAUGCUGUGUUGAUCCUUCACCACUUUCUGUUUGGCCUAACAAUUAUGGAGUCUGGGUUGAUGAGUUUGAGAGCUUGGGACUUGAGGAUUGUCUAGACAAAAAAUGGCCUAUGACUUGUGUCUAUAUUGAUGAUUACAAAACCAAGUAUUUGGAUCGGCCUUAUGGUAGGGUCUGUAGGAAGAAACUCAAGACAAAGUUAGUGGAGAAUUGCGUCUCAAAUUCAGUUAAAUUCCAUAAAGCCAAGGUUUGGCAAGUGAAACAUCAGGAGUUCGAGUCUGCUAUUGAGUGUGACGAUGGUAGUGAGCUCAAGGCAAGCUUAAUUGUUGAUGCUAGUGGUUUCGCUAGCAGUUUUGUUGAGUAUGAUAAACCUAGGAACCAUGGAUAUCAGAUUGCUCAUGGUAUCUUGGCUGUGGUUGAUAAUCAUCCUUUUGACUUGGAUAAGAUGGUUCUCAUGGAUUGGAGAGAUUCCCAUUUGGGAAAUGAACCUUAUUUACGAGCCAACAAUUCAAAAAACCCAACUUUUCUAUAUGCAAUGCCGCUUGAUUCAAGCUUAAUAUUCUUGGAAGAGACUUCUCUGGUUAGUCGGCCGGUGCUAUCUUAUAUGGAGAUUAAGAGAAGGAUGGUAGCAAGGCUAAGACAUUUAGGAAUCAGAGUGAAAAGAGUGAUAGAAGAUGAAAAGUGUUUGAUCCCAAUGGGUGGUCCUCUCCCUAGAAUCCCUCAAAAUGUAAUGGCAAUAGGUGGGGUUUCUGGGGUAGUCCAUCCUUCAACAGGGUACAUGGUGGCUCGGACAAUGGCUUUAGCCCCACUUGUGGCUGAAGCUAUUGCAGAAUGUCUUGGUUCAACAAGGAUGAUUAGAGGAAGACCACUUUACCAUAAAGUAUGGCAUGGAUUGUGGCCGAUUGAGAAGAGACAUACAAGAGAAUUUUACUCUUUCGGCAUGGAAACUCUAUUGAAGCUUGACUUGAUGGGAACCAGGGGUUUCUUUCAAGCCUUCUUUGAUCUGGAACCUUAUUAUUGGCAUGGCUUCCUCUCCUCGCGGCUGUCUCUCCCUGAACUCGCUUGUUGUAGCUUGUCUUUGUUUGGACAUGCCUCAAAUUCCUCCAGGUUUGAUAUUAUCUCAAAAUGCCCUGUCCCUCUGGUUAAAAUGUUGGGAAAUCUAGCUCUCGAAACCAUUUAGUGAUGGAAUUAGGGUCUUGCUGAUUCCUGUUUUCUUGCUUCAUUUCAAGUUAAAUUUGCAAGAACCAUAUUAAUCUCAUCACGAAAUUCCUGAUGAUGCAGUAUCAGAAUGUGACCCUAUCAAAUGAGAUUAUUCUGUAACAUUAAAAAAGAAAAAAAAAAACAGCUACUGAGUUGAAA